GUUGAUCACCGCUGCUAGACCCAGACUGAGUCUCUCGACCACCGGAAUCCGGCAGUUGUCGUGGCAGCCAGAAAUGUUUCCUUUCCACUAUUAUACUGCGAGCCAAGUGAAGCAGUGCCUGGAGAGCAACAUACUGGAGCUCGUCGAUACCCUCGAACAAGGCUUUCGCAACAUGUCCCUGGGGCCCUUCGGCGGCGUCGUUCAACCGGGCAGAAACGUCGUGCCCGUCCGGGACCGUAAUGGGAUACUGGUGUCCAUGUCGGCGUACAGCGCAGCUGGCGAUGCCCUGGCCACGAGGGUGGUGACCUUCUACCCUGACAAUCCUACCUCGGCCUUGCCUAUUGUUCAGGGCGUGGUACUGCUCUUCCACGCCGGCACCGGCAGCGUCAAAUGCGUAAUGGAUGCGAAAGAGAUAACUGCUUACCGCACCGCAGCAGCAUCUGCAGUGGCCACAAAGUACCUGGCCAACGAGAAACCGAAGAUCCUCGCCGUGAUGGGGGCCGGGACGCAGGCGAAGAGCCACAUCGUCGUGCUGUCUAAGGUGUUCAAGUUCGACGAGAUCCGCGUGUGGAACCACCGCGAGCACUCGGCCAUGUCCCUGGUGCACGGUCUGGCCGAGUGCGGUCUCAAGCUUCAGUACGUGUCCUCGCCUAGGGACGCCGUUCACAACGCCGACGUGGUCGUGACGGCGACAGCAUCGCCCACGCCCAUCCUGCAGUCCGAGUGGCUCAAAACGGGCGUGCACGUCAACGUUAGCGACAAGAGUGAUAUUGCGCCCUUGCCUGCCUCUUCGCCGCUGCGAGCAGCGGUGGGUGCGCCCCGCCCCGACUGGCAGGAGCUGAGCGAGGAGCUGAUGCGCAAGGCGGUCGUCUACGUGGACUCUUCCGACUGGGCCCGCACGGAGUCUGGCGACAUCGUCUUGUCCGGGGCGGAGAUAUUCGGCGAGAUCGGCGACGUCGUGCUGGGCACAAAGGAGAAUAAGCGCGCUGAAACAACGGUCUUCAAGUCGCUCGGCGUGGCAAUAGAAGACGUUCUGACAGCGGACCUUGUCUAUCGUCGGUUGGCGGGACCCUCGAGAAACUAAAUACGAGAGGGAGAGCGAAGGGCGCGUAGUUUAUAUUGCAUAGGCUAGCACGUUUCUCGUUCAACCCACGGACAUUAUCGGAGUACAGAGGAAUUAUCGGAAUAAAUAAAGGAUUCAGUG